CGCCGCCGCCGCCAGCGCCGCCGCUCCAGCCCAGCUCCCGCCGCGGCCCCUCGCCUCGUCCCCGCCGGCCGGCCCGGGGACGCGCAGGGGGCAGGGCGGGCGCCCCAGCGAAGCCCGAGGGACGCGCGCGCGAGGCCCUUUGUGGACUUCACGGCCGCCAACAUCUGGGCGCAGCGCGGGCCACCGCUGGCCGCCGCGCCGCCGCCUCGCCUUGGGGACCGUAGGAGGCGCAGCCCCAAGGCCGGAGACUUCGUUUUGGGACCAGCCCCCGGGGAUGCGGUAGCGGCCGCUGUGCGGAGGCCGCCGAGCAGCUGCAGCCGCCGCCGCGCAGAUCCACGCUGGCUCCGUGCGCCAUGGUCACCCACAGCAAGUUUCCCGCCGCCGGGAUGAGCCGCCCCCUGGACACCAGCCUGCGCCUCAAGACCUUCAGCUCCAAGAGCGAGUACCAGCUGGUGGUGAACGCAGUGCGCAAGCUGCAGGAGAGCGGCUUCUACUGGAGCGCCGUGACGGGCGGCGAGGCGAACCUGCUGCUCAGCGCCGAGCCCGCCGGCACCUUCCUCAUCCGCGACAGCUCGGACCAGCGCCACUUCUUCACGCUCAGCGUCAAGACCCAAUCGGGGACCAAGAACCUGCGCAUCCAGUGCGAGGGGGGCAGCUUCUCGCUGCAGAGCGACCCCCGGAGCACGCAGCCGGUGCCCCGCUUCGACUGCGUGCUCAAGCUGGUGCAUCACUACAUGCCGCCCCCCGGCGCCCCCUCCUUCCCCUCUCCACCGACCGAACCCUCCUCCGAGGUGCCAGAGCAGCCGCCAUCCCAGCCGCUCCCAGGGAAUCCCCCCAGGAGAGCCUAUUACAUCUACUCGGGGGGCGAGAAGAUCCCUCUGGUAUUGAGCCGGCCCCUCUCCUCCAACGUGGCCACUCUCCAACAUCUCUGUCGGAAGACCGUCAAUGGCCACCUGGACUCCUAUGAGAAAGUCACCCAGCUGCCUGGGCCCAUUCGGGAAUUCCUGGACCAGUACGAUGCCCCGCUUUAAAGAGCAAAGGACAGGGGUCGGGACGAGGAGCCUGGGUCCCCUCUCCUCCGUGGCACAUGGCACAAGCACAAGAAUCCAACCGGGAGAGUCCUGCAGCUCUGGGUGAGCCAGGGGGGUGGACUGGCCCCUCCCUUCAGCCCUCCCCCCCCUGCAGAAUGGGGCAGGCGGGACCUGGAAUGUGUUUGAGGGAAGGGGGAGUGCCACCUGAGCGCCCCGCCCCCACUCCAGCUUCUCCGGAGGAGCCAGCUGGCCUGGUGGGGACAGCGACGACAGCAGUGGAUUCUCUUCUCACCUCUUCUUCGCUUCCUCGACUCCCCUGCAUUUCCAAACAGGGGACACUGCGGGAGUGUUGAACUAGUGAGAACUGCCGGGGAGUCUUCAAACUUUCCAACGGAACUUGUUUGCUCUUUGAUUUGGUUUAAAAGGUAGCUUUAAACCCGAGCAGGUCUCUGGCCUGGAAGAGGGUGCAGGAGAGGGUGCCCCAGGGGCCUCAGGGCUACAGGCUGGCCACGGCGAUGGCCACUCCCACUGUCCACCCCAGGUGAGCAGGCGGCUGCGUGCUCCUCCCCUGGCUCUGGGGGAUGAGUGCAAGGGGUGACCGGAAGGGGGCUAUUCUGUUACCCUCUCUAGGACAGCCACCAGAAACAC